AUGCCAAUCGACAGCUCCGCCCCCAGCGCCACCACCACUAAUGGUGGCAUCAUCCCCAGAUAUCAGCGAGACCCGCUGACCACCGAUGCAUGGCUCGUGGGCGGCGGCAUCGCAUCAUUAGCGGCCGCCGUUCAUCUCAUCAACGAUGCAAAAGUGCCCGCCAGCCGCAUCCACAUCCUCGAAGCUAGCCCGACCCCUGGAGGGUCGAUGGCCGCCGAGGAUGAGCCAAGCGCAACACCCGCACACCCGAUCAAGAGGAAAGGCUAUGUGAUACGCGCAGCGCGCAAGCUCAACUUCUCUUAUCGGUGUUUUUACGACACGUUGUCCAAGGUGCCCUGCCCAUCGGUAUCUCAGGCUCAGGAGAAUGGGUCUAGUGCCAGGACGAAUGCGAUAGGUGAGCUGAACGGAAGCACGGCACCAACGUCAAACGGGGACGCCGGCAACAACAGAGGGACAGAAGACUUUGUUAUUGGAGAAGAAGCGGUCACAGAGAGCCCGCCUAGGACGCUACUGGACAGCAUUCGGAGGAACCAUUCGAAUCCUAAGAAUAGAGGCCGAACCAAGGUUCGGUUGGUGUCUUUGGACGAUGGCGGACGCCCCGAGACGGUGGACACGGCAACGAUGGGGCUAAGUCCCCGAGACCAAGCGGCGCUCAUGGCCUUCAUUCUGAGGUCUGAAGAGAGCCUUGGGUUCGGGACGAUACGGGACUUUUUCGAGCUCGACUUCUUCGAGACCAACUUUUGGGACAUGAUGUCGACCAUGUAUCUGUUCAAGCCGUGGCAUAGUGCCAUUGAACUGCGGCGUUACCUGCACCGAUUUCUGCACGAGUUCCCAAACAUUAGCACGUUGUCCGGGAUGGAGUACAUGCCCUCGAAUGAUUUUGAAGCUACUAUUGUGCCCUUGGUCGCGUAUCUCAAGGAGGCGGGAGUAGAUUUUCAGGACUUGAUCGUCACGGGGAUCGCCGUGCGCCAACAGACCGAGGACAUCGUUAUCCCUGUGAAGCCCACGGACAUCGUGCUCGUGACUCUCGGCUCCAUGACAUCGGGGUCCGCACCGGGAACUAACACGACGCCGCCCGCGGCCAUGCCCAAGAAUCACUGGGUCCACGACCACCCAGAUCCGAUUUGGAAGUUUUGGUUGGGUCUAUCCGAGUCGAGCAGCAACCCGCACAGGGCGAAAUUCGGAGACCCUCGCUUAUUCCGGGAACACCAGGGAGAAUCCAUGGGCGUGGCCUUCACCAUCACCAUGUUCGACCAGUCCUUCACGCAGCACCUCCUCGCGUGGGCCGGCAGCACGCACGGCACGUGCCCACUACUUUCUUUCCGCGACUGCCCCUGGCUGCUCUCCAUCACCAUCCCCCAGCAGCCGUACUUCAAGGACCAGCCGGCGGACACGACGGUUUUCUGGGGGUACGGGCUGUACCCGGACCAGCCGGGCCGGUUCCCACCCGCUGGAGCCGACGCUGGAGAAUUCCAUCACGCUCCCGGUGCUCAUGCCCUCAUCACCAGCCCUUAUAUUCGGAGGGAUAAGGACAGCCGACCGCAAGUGGUGCCACGGGGAAGCCAAAAUCUCGGGCUCAUGGGCCAGUACGUGGAGAUGGCGCGGGAUGUGACGUUUACCAUGGAGUACUCGGUGCGGUCGGCGCAGAUAGCGGUGUACGAGCUGAUGGGGCUCGAUAAGAAGCCGCCGGAGGUGUUUGGGGAGGAUCCGUCUGCGGCGGUGUUGGGCGAGGCGCUGAAGACAUUGAUGAUGUAG